CCUCUGUCCUUUUUUUGUUCUCAGAGCCACAAAGUGCUUAAUGGCCACUGUAGUGUUGACGAGGACUGUAAAAAGGGAAAGAUGGUGGAGUCUGGUCAUGGAGUCAUGAGCGGCAAAUGCAUAAGAAACAAUGAAAACUCCAAUGGGACCUGUGAAAUCUUUGGCUGGUGUCCAACUGAAAAAAACAUCAAACCACAAAAGCCUUUGCUCAAAAAUGCUGAAAACUUCACCAUCUACAUCAAGAAUUUCAUCCAGUUUCCUAAAUUCUCAUUUUCAAAGUCCAACAUCCUCAAAACAACUGAUCAAUCCUACUUGAAGAAAUGCAGAUAUGAUGAGAAGCAAUACCCCUACUGCCCCAUCUUUCGCCUGGGAGACAUUACGAGAAGAGCUGGAUGCAACUUCCAAGACAUGGCUACACUUGUUAGUAUUACAUUGUAUUUUCUCAAGAUUGUGUUAAU